AUGACCUCGACGAAGCCGAUCAUCGCGUUUCCGUGGCUGUUGCGAUCCUACAAGAGACGUAGGUUCAAGUCAGAAUGUCUAACUUUCGUGUUCGCCUGCCUUUUGGCGAGUUGCUUGGCCAGAAACAAUCCACCGCGUUUCCUGAUCGACGACCAGACGGAAAUCAUUCUCAGGCUGAAGGAAGGUCCUGAUAUGCCAGUUGGCAGUUUAAUUUACAGGCUUCGCGGCGUCGAUCCUGACGGUGACAGCCUGACGUUCGGCGUUAGAGAUCAACCUGGCAGCGACGUGAUCCGGGUCGAGAAUUUUAGUCCAAGCGAGGCCAAUAUUUACCUGAACAAAUUGCUCGACAGAGAGGUAAGGGAUGAGUAUGCAUUGGUGUUGACUCUGACAGACGGCAGGCUAGGUGAAGGGAACUUCAUCACGCAAAGUCUGCUACUGCUGGUGGAAGACAUUAAUGACAACGUGCCAAUCUUCCGGCCACAUCCGACUUCCUUGACUCUGCGAGAGGAUUCCGGGCCAGGCAUUUUAGCAACUGUGGAAGCCACCGAUUCAGACUUAGGUGCACAUGGGCAGGUGGUUUAUCACCUGCAGGAACUCGAUGGCGAUAAUGACGUGUUCAGCAUUUCCACUGUCAAUGGGAAAGGUGUCAUUCGCCUUGUCGGACGUCUCGACUACGAGAAGAAAUAUUUGUACCAGUUGAGGAUCUUGGCAAUUGAUCGAGCGAUAAAUGAAAAGGUAAACACAGGAACAACCGCGAUACUCGUUAAGGUUCAGGACGUCGAGGAUCAACCUCCGGAAUUCAUAACCAUGACACCUGUUGCCAGGAUCAGUGAAAAUGCUAGAAUAGGUUCAUUUGUACUUCAAGUUCGUGCCGUGGACGGUGACAAGGGAAUAAAUAACAAAGUGACGUACAGCAUCACGCAAGGUCCGAGGUACUUGUUCGACAUAGACGCGACUUCCGGUUUGGUGUUCACCAGGGCGCAACUCGACCGAGAAGCGGAGGAGAACUCCGAGGGAACCUUCGUCCUGGAGAUCACCGUGAAAGAAGUAUCGAACAUAGUACCCGCACCGUCAGUUUCCACCGAAGUCACUAUUAUUUUGACGGAUGUGAACGAUGAGAUCCCAAAGUUCAGAAGCGCGAGAUAUCGCGCCGAGAUAAACGAAAAUGCGCCGUACAAUACGCCGGUUAAUUUCAUCGGUGAUGCGAUACCGGAAGUUUACGAUCAUGACCUGGGAACGAAUGGUACGUUUAAAAUGUUCAUCGAGGGUGAUGAUGGAAUAUUCGACGUAACUCCAUCGAGAGGAAUCAACGAAGCUCCCUUCCUUAUACGCGUUAAGAAUUCCAGUAAACUCGACUUCGAAGUUAGAUCAGAGGUAAAUUUCACGUUAAUCGCCAAGGAAGUGGUAGCAGUGGCACCGAAGCAGAGCAAAGUGCCGGUGAUUGUUUUCAUAAAAGACCAGAAUGAUAAUUAUCCGGAGUUCACGGAGAAUAUAUACGAGGUAUCGAUACCGGAAAAUUGCGCCAUUGGGACCACGGUGGCAUGGGUUCAAGCCUUGGACGAAGAUAGUGACAAUUUUGGAACACGAGGAAUUAGGUACACGAAUUUAGGUGGCAGCAUUGCACACGCGUUAUCAUUGAACCAUCUAACAGGUGUAAUCACGGUUAAAGAACCUGGGCCAAGUUUCGAUCGAGAAUUAUUAUCUCGACAUUAUUUGACUGUAGAAGCAAGGGACGAUCUUGGAAAAGGCAAUCGCAACACUGUUCAAUUAAUCGUUAAUGUGAACGAUGUGAACGACAAUGCUCCUGUAUUUCUGCAGAACAAGUACGAAGCUGUGCUCCUGGAAAACGAGGACCAUUUCGAGUCGCCAUUAAUCGUCGAAGCAUUUGACAUCGACUUAAAUGGUACCAAGAACAGCCAAGUAGUGUAUGCCUUAGUAUCGAGUGAAUUUUCGCGGAAUUUUAGUAUCGAUUCAAAGCGAGGCGUGAUCACCCCGACAACACCCUUGGAUUACGAAGCUUUACCUAUCAGUCAAGGGCACAAGGAAACGUCGGUACGUCCAUUGAGAUUGACGGUACGAGCCAGGGAUAUGGGCACCCCAAGUCUAAGCUCAGACGCGCCAUUAAUUAUUUACCUGAAGGACAUCAAUGACAAUGCACCCGCAUUUGAGAGAACUUUGUACAAGAGAAGCAUCCCCGAAGACCUGUCUGGGGGCACCACUGUGGUUCAGGUUAAAGCUUGGGAUAAGGACUUAUCUUCGCCGAACAACAAAUUAGUUUAUCGAAUACAAAGCGGUGCAGGUGAUAAAUUUGUGAUCAGCCCGGAAAUAGGGGUAAUUAGAGUGGCGCCAGGAUCCAAUUUAGAUCCAGAUCUAACUUCACCGAAGACAAUGAGAUACAGCUUGAACGUUAUCGCGAUUGACAGCGGAACGGAGAUCCAAAGAACGGCUGAAGUUCUGGUCAAUAUCACCAUAGUGGACGUUAAUAAUAAGCCGCCAGUUUUUAUCGAUCCUGGGACAGUGACCAUUCGUGAAAAUACACAGGUUGGAGCGUACGUGCAUCGCGUUGUGGCUAAUGAUCCAGACAUAGCGCCGAUAUUGCGCUAUCGCAUCGAUCCGAAUUCAUCGGAAGCAAGGAACGAAGAGGGAACGCUCAUUAAGAUCCAAGAAUAUGAUUAUCUGUCCGCUUUGGAAUUAAACGCACUCGAUGGAUUGCUUCGGGUAGUUAAAUUGCUGGAUAGAGAAAGAGUGGAAACGAUAAGAUUGGGCCUGGUUGUUGAAGAUUUGGCGGCAAUUAGAGGAAUACAGAUCUCAUCAGCUACGUUGAACAUAAUAAUCGAGGAUGAGAACGACAACAACCCAAGAUUUCGUAGACCAUUUUACAGACGAUCUGUAACGGAGAACAGCAAAAAUGGCGUGAAUAUCGCGAAUAUUGUAGCUGACGAUGCAGAUAAAAAUCGCAGUAUCACGUAUUCGUUAGAAAGUCCCAGGGAACUAGCUGAGUUGGUCCAUCUUGAUUCCGAAACAGGCGAAAUGGUCGUGGCGAAUAAAAUCGAUAGGGAACAAUAUUCCUGGCUGAAUCUUACGGUGCGAGCCACUGACUCUGGAAUUCCACCUAGGUCGAGCCUUUCUGAGGUGUACGUGCAAGUGCUGGACGAGAACGACAAUAAUCCAUACUUCGUGACUGAUAUCAGCAAUUUAACUGUGAUGGAAAAUGCUAAAAUCGGUACAGAAAUUGCCACCAUUCAGGCUAAGGACCCUGAUAGCGGAGAUUAUGGCAAAAUCACGUAUCUUUUAGACAGGAUGUCAUCCCAGGGUACGUUUGCCAUCCAUCCAGAGACUGGUGCUUUGACAGUAGCAGAUUCCAUUGACUGGGAAGUUAAACAAAUUUACGUGCUAGUCAUAGAAGCUUGGGAUAACUAUCAAUUUGGUUAUACAGCUGGAGAAUCGAGAAAUGCUUUUAAACAGAUUCAGGUCACAGUAUCAGACGUCAAUGACAAUCCACCAAAAAUGGAUAUACCCUCGACAUGCGUUACGAUAUCAGAGUUCCACGACGUCAAAGACAUAAUAUUUGUCAUCAAGGUGAAGGAUGCAGAUGAUCCAGCGACACCCAAUGGUCGUGUGAAAAUUAGAAUCCUUUCUGGUAACGAAUUAGGUUUAUUCAUACUGGAACAAACGGAUCAUUGGACAGCAAAUAUAAAAGCUGCACAUUCGCUACGAGGAAAAUUCGGAAAUUAUUCGUUGCACUUGGAAGCACGAGAUCUUGGAAGCCCUGUUAAUAAAGAUACCUCUACUCUGAACAUCUGUGUGACCGAUUAUAAUGACAAUCCGCCAGUGUUUAUUAGUCCUCAGCAUAAUACGACUAUUCGAGUUGCAGAGAACGUAACAAUCGGAACACCAAUUAUACAAAUCGAAGCCAAAGACGCCGAUACUGGCCCAAAUGGUGACGUUCAUUACCGAAUGAAACAGGACUUGGCAGGUCAUUGGAGAACUUUUCAUAUCGACGAUACAACAGGAGUUAUCUCGUUAAAACUUCCUCUAGACAGGGAAACGCAGAAAUUAUACGAGAUUAGAGUGGAAGCGUACGAUUUAGGAACCCCAACUCCUCUUAGCACGGAUCUAGACUUAAUUAUUUACGUUCGAAACAUCAAUGACUAUGAGCCACAAUUUUUGGUAGACAUUUUCAACAUUAACUUCACCGAGGAGCAACAUCCUGGAUCUGAAACUGUACAGCUGCCAGAAACUAUCGACAGAGACGAAGUGGAUGAUCUUGAUGAUCCUCCCACUCAAGUGUGUUACUUUAUAAUCAGUGGUAAUGACGAUAAACUAUUUGUUCUUGAUGUCUUUAAACAUCAAUUGACUACUGCUAAAAAAUUAGACAGAGAGAAAGAAGAGCAACACCUAUUGAUCGUGAAAGCAACAGAAGAUUGCAACACUGUACCUGCAAAUGAAACAUUCUUUGAUGAAACAAAUGAUACUACGUUGAAAAUCAUUAUAAACGUGAUAGACAUAAACGAUAAUCCGCCAAAGUUCGUUAGCAAAAUAUUUACAGGUGGUGUCACCACUGAAGCUGAUUUUGGCACACAAUUUAUGCAAGUGAAGGCAAAUGAUUUGGAUGCAGGUGAUAAUGCUGUAGUUAAUUAUUAUCACAUUGGUAAAAUGCAUAUGACAUUGACAGAGGGUUUCGAUGACAUCGAGUUGCAACCAUUUCUUGUUAAUAAACUGACUGGUGUAGUGAGCUUAAAUUUUGAUCCUCAAAGAGGGAUGAAAGGAUACUUUGAUUUUAUGGUACUAGCCAAUGAUACUCAGGGUCUAAGAGAUACUGCAAGGGUAUUUAUUUAUUUGCUACGUGAAGAUCAGAGGGUUCGCUUUGUCUUACGACAGCAUCCACCGGAAGUCCGUAACAGAAUAGAAACAUUUAGAGAAACAUUGGGCAACGUGACUGGAGCAAUAGUAAACAUCGACGAGUACAAGAUCCACGAAAAUCACGAUGGAUCCGUCGAUCGAACGAAGACAGACCUGUACAUGCAUCUUGUGAAUCGUCGGGACAAUUCUAUUCUCGAAGUGUCAGAGGUUCUCGAAUUAGUAGACAGGAAUAUAGAGAAGCUCGAUGGCCUGUUCAAGGAAUUCAAUGUUCUUGACACGCAACCAGCGCAGUAUCAGCCAAUUGUUCAGUACGAGCAAGCAGGGACGACAUUCUGGCUUUUGACUUUGACUUUGUUUCUCGGAGCUCUGCUAAUUUUAUGCAUAGCCCUGUGCCUUUCGCAGAGAGCCUCGUUCCGGAGACAAUUAAAAGCUGCGAAUGCCUCGCCAUUUGGAACAUCAGACGCGGAAUUUAUCAGAGGACCUGGUCGUGUUCCCAAUACAAAUAAACACAGUGUAGAAGGUUCGAAUCCAAUAUGGAUGCAUGCUUACGAGAACGAAUGGUUCAAAAGUGACGAAUCAAUCAGUCAUACAUCUGAAAGAGAUUCUCUAGAUGAAAACGCACUGAACAACGAAGAAAUAAUGAACGAAGCUAAUACAAACCAAAGAAACGACGACAAACCGUAUUAUAUCGAGCCAAGAGUGUCUUCCAUUUCAAGAAUGCCCUUUGCAGGAGAAUGGUGCAAAGUAUGGAUUUAUUUCGGAUUCGUUUUCGCGUGGGCGAAGGGUGCUCGUCCACGCUUUGAUACCUCCACGGAUAUGGGAUUAGUCCUGGUUCCAGCAGAUGCUGAAGUAGAUUCCGUCAUUUUUCGACUUCGCGCCACUGAUCAGGAUGCAGACUUUCCACUUGUUUUUGAAAUAACUGCUACCAUCACACCUGUUGUAAGGAUCGACAACCUGCCGUGCACGUUGUAUAACAAAGUGUGUCAAGCUAAUGUGAUUCUAACGAAACGACUAGUUCCCGGACGCCUUCACGAUUUUGCUGUGAGGGUUAGGGACACGAAGGGAGACUCGAACUCGAUGCAAGCUACUAUUUCUGUUACAAACGCAACCACCCCACGUGAUAAAAUAUUCCCGCACAUACCAUCCCUCAUAAUGGUACCCGAGGAUACCAAACCAGGCAAAGAAAUAGAUUACCUUCUAGUAAGAGCCAAUUCUUGGAGUGGAAAACCGGUUUACAUUGAACUCUGGCAGCCAAAAGAACUUUUCACUAUAAGGCAAAGGCAAACACCCACACAAACCCGAGGAGUAAUUAUAUUGACAGGGGAAUUAGAUUUCGAGACGCAGUCUAUGUAUACUCUUACCAUGUAUGCCACGGAUCCAUAUACAGAACCAGGGAAAGACACCAGAAAUAUUGCAGGUUUAAGCGUUGUUGUGAUAGUUCAAGAUGUUCAAGAUGUUCCUCCAAUUUUUACCUUAGCACCUCCUCUUACCAGGAUUAACAAUUCAGUACAACCAGGAGAUAUAAUACUACGAGUGCAUGCUGAAGACGGAGAUAAAGGGGUGCCACGUGAAAUCGUGUACGGUCUCGUGUCGGAGGGCAAUCCUUUUACGCCGUUUUUCAACAUCUCGGAAACAAGUGGUGAAAUCACUCUUGCCAAACCUUUGGAUGAGCUGACGCAAAUCACACACGUUGGGGCUCCAGUUGUGCUCACAGUGGUUGCCGAAGAAAUAAGAAGAAGCAGAGAAGAACCUCCGGCUCAGGCGACAGUGGUCGAUGUUGGAUUUCUCCUUGGGGAGCCAGGAAACAGUCCACCGUACUUCGAGAGCGAUAAUUAUAUUGCCACGAUAGACGAAAACCCUGACCCUGGAACUGUGAUAAAUUUCGGUGAACCAUACUCCACCAGAGUAAAAGACGAAGACAUUGGGAAAGCUGGAGUGUUUGCCUUGAAAUUGGAAAACAAUAACAAUACUUUUGAAGUAAAUCCAACGGUUGCUGAACGCACUGCAGACUUUAUCAUAACUGUUCGAGAUAACACGCUUAUCGAUUACGAAUUAUACAAAGUUUUAUCAUUCAAGAUUGUAGCUCAGGAAGUUGGUCCAGCAACAAACCUGUCAACAUCAGUGCCAGUUACUAUAUUUUUAAGAGAUAUUAACGACAAUCCUCCAAUAUUCGAUGAAGAAUCGUACGAAGUAACCUUAUCUGAAAAUGUAACUGCGGAAUCACGAGUAAUUCAGGUGCAUGCAAACGAUAAAGACACAGGUGUUUACGGCAGUAUUCGAUACACCGGUAUAACAGGAGAAGGUAGCGAGGCUUUCAUCAUAGAUCCUGAUACAGGGUUAAUAACUGUCGCCGUGGGAUCUUCCUUAGAUCGUGAAGUUGCAGCAAAACUUGUACUCACCGUGGAAGCUCGAGACGAGGAUGGCAACGGUAACAAAGGUGUUGUUCCUCUAAUAAUUAAUCUACUGGACGUCAACGAUAACGCGCCAAUAUUCGAAAGGGACGUUUACGAAUUUAUGUUGAACUCCGAUCUAACUAAUUUUACAUCGCCAGCUUUCAUAAAGGCUAUUGAUUCUGACGCAGAGCCACCCAACAAUGUAGUUAGAUACGAAUUAGUUCACGGAAACUACGAGAACAAAUUUUAUUUAAACGAAACGAGUGGCGAAAUAAUACUUCUCUCUCCCAUUACAAAAAUUAGACGGAAGAAGCAGAGUGCAUAUGACAAAUAUUCAAAUAAAGCUGGCACGAAAUUUGUUAAUAGCCAAGGAGGUACACAAGACAAUUCUUUAAUAGUGACUAAUCGUGAGAGCAAGAAUGAGUCAUUAGUGAAUGAUCAAAAGAGAAUUAAUUUGGGAAAUUUGACCAAAGAAAUGAUGAUGGAGGUGAUAAAGAAACGACGAAAACGAGAUAAUGAUAAUGCACUCUACACUAUCACUGCCAGAGCAUAUGAUUUAGGUGUGCCUCAUCUCUCAAGUGAAACCAAAAUUCGAAUCAUCAGUGGAAUCGUGAUGGAAGCACGCAUAAUGAUGUUCGUAGUGCCAGGAGAACAGCCAGACUCGACGAAAACUGCCGAAACUUUAGCUGCUAUUACCGGUGGCCGAGUUACAGUACUCGAGACUCGACCUUACAUUCAACAGAAUCAUACUGGAGUGUCGUGGAACGGAAGGAAGCAAGCCUGGAGCGCAGACCCAACGAGAAGGAAUUGGCAGUUCAAUAAAAGGAACGUGAAGAAUUGUUCGCUUCCUGGAGACGUUGCUUACAUAUCUGGACAUCCAAACGACCUCCAAGUGAACAUCGAAGCUCACAGGUUAAGGGACGGUCCCACGUACGGGCACUCGAGAAGAAGCAGGAUGAACGAGCAAGAGAGAAUGUACAUGGAAGAUGUCGAGGAGCAAAAGGCCAGAGGCUAUCGCACUGCCGAAUUGGACUCUCUGCAACGACACGAAAUGGACAGGGGUUCGGAUCUGCAACACCAAGCUUAUAGGCAAAGAUUCAUGGAGCCUGACAUGAACGAGGAAACAACGAUCAGAGAACAGCACUUCUACCGCGAAGGAAACGCCGAGGUGCUGCGCCUGGUAACUCGAGGACAAGUCGAAGACACGAGUCACCCGCACCAACUGCACCACCACCGUCCCACAACCCUAAUCGUAGACGGUAAGGACAUAAUUCUGCAAAGGUUCAUAGAGGACCAGAAGUCAAGGCACGAGUUGUCGAUGCAGGACAUCGAAGCUGCUCGUAGCAUGGAAUCUCAUCAGCGACCCAAAGAGCUCUGCCAGCAACAGCAGCAACCAGAGAUAAUCCUCAUACCAGACAGACUGGACCUUGGGCACAGGCAGCACAUAGAAGAAAUAGGCCCCACAGUGCAGAGGCUCGUGAUCGAUCACGGUGACUAUGACUCCCAAAAAAUGGAGAAAGAGUCUCUGAGACAAGAGAAGCAAGACUCUCCUGGAGCUCCGAUCGCUGAGAGACCACCAGUCAUAGCCAAGGAUCAAGUUCAGCCCAGUAAUGCUCAGUAUGGCUACCACGACCUGGAACUAGCUAGACAGAACGCUCUGCUGACACGACUGCUGCUGGAAAGAGAGAAUCGUCGAGCAGGGGCAGGAGCAAUGGACUCCACGAGCUACUUAGAGACCCAGAGCCUACCUGGGCAGGUAGCCAUCGCUACUCAAACAGACAGAACAGCUGCUACUCAAACUGAACGUCAAGUGAAGAGCAGGAGUGACAACGACGAGUCCGACGAAGAGUCCAGGUACAGGAAGAAGCUGAAAUCUAGGAAGAAAUAUGGGGAUGGGGAUUGGAAACGCUCUCGGACACUUUGGAUGAAGUCUCCCAUCGAGGAAGAAGGUAGUCCCUGCUUCGACAAGAGACUUAGCAUCCUGAGGAAAAAGGUGAGGGAAGUGAAAGAAGGCAGGAAGGUUUCUCUAGAACCCGAGGUGCUUCGAGAGAUCUCUGACUCUCUGGAUGGCAACGGGAGUUCGUACAAAGGAGAAGAGGACGAGACCAUGAGAAGCUACCGCAAGUCAACCGAGCAGACGAGCAUCAGCUACAAGAUCUUAAACGAGAAGGAGACUGGCUCUCAGUCUUCCGAGGAGACACGGAAGGAGGAUCACAAAACGAACGUGACGGAGUCCACUUCGUCGCCAGAAAUAAAACUUCAACGGGAGAAGCACGGCCAUGGGAAGGCCGACGAGAAGAGCCCGAAGAGGGAGAAGUCGAAGGUCCAGCAGAAGUCCGAGGGCGUGAUGAAGCCCAGUUUCAGGAUCCUCGAGAAGGAAUUCACGAUGCUCACGAAGAAGCUGAGCAAACUGGGUGACAAGAAGUUCCGGGAGAGCACUGGUAGCGACAGCACAAGUCAAGAGAAGUCUGACUCGAAGGAGACGAAGAAGGACCUGGAUCAGAGAAGUUCGAAGAAAGUGGAUACCACGAGGAAACAGAGGAAGGAGUCAGCUAUAGCCAAAACGAAACAGAAGCUGAAGUACCAGCAGACCCAGGUGAUGAGCACAGGCAGCUCGGAGUUCGACGAUGCUCUGGACAAACCCAAGAAACUGAACGUACCUCGGCACGAUAUUCUGAAGCCGAAACAGUCACUUGGCACCCACUCUAAAUUGAAACGACUGAGUCAAAUCGAUCGACGAGAGGCUAAGAAGCAGACAGCCGAGAGUCGAGACGAGGAAGCUGAGAAACGAAAAGACGGUUCUUCAUCGCAGAAGGCUGAGACCAAGUCUGAGAAGACUGGUAAGGUGAUUAAAGCUUCGAAAAUGACUGCCCUUCCUCGCAAACAAAACGUAUCCGAGGAAACGAGUACCAGUACAGAGGACAGGAAAGAAGAGAGAGCUGCGUGCACCCUAAGAGCGUUUGACAAGAAGAGCAGCACGUGGAAAGAGUCUGACGGAAUGCAGCAGCACGAAGGAGACAGGUUUGCCAAGAAAAUAAUUCAGAAGUUCAGUGACGACUUCGUUGAGGAACCUAGGAAUGAGAAUGUACAGCCAAAAGCAGUGAAUUCUGUGGGGAAGGAACGAGACGUGGGACGCAAAAAGGAAGAAAAACCAAAAGUUGUCGUUGACAAGGAAUCUGGCAAAGUGGACACGGUUCCACUGUCAAAAAAUGGGAUAGCAAAAAUCCAGGGCUCGCUUGACAAGCCUGGAAAGUCUGACGAGCAUGCGACUGCCAAGAAAGCGAUGGAGGAUUCCAAGACACCUCUGCACGUUACUGAGCAGCUGAUUACGGACUUCACUGUUAUUCAUAAGAGUCCAGCUAAGAAGGAAGAAACCAGUAAAACGAUACCAGAUCAGGAAAUUAAUAUUCCUGGACCUUCUAAAAUAGAAUCCAUGACAAUGAAGGAACCGAUGAAGUAUAAAGAAGAGAGUGUGAAAAAUGGUAAUGGGAUUGAAGCCACUGAAACUACACAAGCAGACAGACUGAUGAGUGGAACCUGGAAAGGCUUAGCUCAACAUGUUCAGGAUAAAUUGGACAGUUAUAUGGAGAAGAUGAAAUCAGUGGGUGAUUCUGAGAAACAAAUUGAAGCUAAAACUGAAGUUGAGGUACAGGAACAGAGUUUAGAAGAUAAAGAAGCAGCUAAUAGAGGUUAUAUUAGUACGGAGGAGAAGGUGAAAGAGGAUAUUGAAGAGGAAAGUCACUCAAGCCGAGAUACACCAGGGAAAUUAGAAGUAAAAGUAGAAGUACACACACCUAUGAGAGAACACGAUGGUAAAAUAAAUGGAAUGAAAGACAUUGAAGAAACAGCUAAAAACAAUAUACAAAAUAAUAAACAAAUACCAGGUAAUCAUAAAAAUGGUAAAAAUGAAGAAGCAUCGAUAAUUGAACCAAAUGGAGACAAAAAAAGAGACCAAGUGGAUGAAACUAUUCAAGAAAAGGAAAAAGAAGUUGAACAUGUGGAUACAUUAACUCCAGUUCUUAUUGUUGAAGAUGAAAAAAAAGAUUCGACAAAAAUUGCAAUUAAUGGUUAUGAAAAAAAAAAAAUUGAUUUGGACACCAUGAAAAUUGCAUCCAAGGAAGAGGUCAUAUCAAAAGUUGAAACUGACGUAGCAAUAAUCGAAGAAAAUAUUUUUUUAGACGAAAAGAAAGAUGAUAAAGGAGAGGUAAAACAGACGAAACCUCACGAUCAGAUUGAAAAGGAUAUAUUGGUAGAUGAGGAAACGAAAAUCAGAGAUGAGGAGAAGGAUACUAUGAAAGGUUUAACUAAGCAUUUUGAAAUUGGAGAAAAAGUAAUGGAAGAACGGGAAAUUGUUAAAGAAAAAUUUGAAGAUGAAGAAAUCGAUAAGGAAAAAGCGAUGGAUGACAAAAUUAUUGGGGAAACAAUUGUAGAGCAUAAAACUGAGGAAAGCGUAAUUAAAGAUGAAAAUAUUGAUAAAGAAGUAAUGGAGGAUGAUAAAAUUCCUAAAGGAACAAUUAUAGAACUCAAAAUUCCUGAAGAACCAACUGAGGACCAAGAAAUUGAUAAAGAAAUAAUAGAGGAUCGUCGAAUUAUUAAAGAAACUAUAGUAGACGAUAAAAUUGCUGAAGAAACGAUUGAAGAAACAAAAAUUGAUACAGAAAUGAAAGAAGACUAUAAAAUUAUAGGAGAAACCACUGUGGAUGAUAAAAUGAUUGAAAAGAAACCUGAGGAUCAAAAAAUUGGUGGCGAAGAGGUAAAGGAUCAUAAAAUAGCUGAAGAAUCAGGUAUGGAUCAGAAAAUUAUUGAAACAAUUGAAAAUAUCGAAGUUGAUAAAGAAACAAUGAAAGAUCACAAAAUUACAGAAGGAAAAACUGAAGAUCAGAAAUCAGAUAAAGAAGCAACAGGAGAUGAAAUUACUGAAAAGUCAAGUGUUGAUCAUAAAAUUACUAAAAUUGAAGAAGCAAUUAAAGGUGAAGAAAUCGAUAAAGAAACGAUGCAAGAUCAUAAAAUUGAUGAUGAACCAAUUAUGGAUCAAACAGUUCCUGAAGAAACAACCGAUAAAAAGAAAGUUGACAAAGAAACAACACAGGAAUAUGAAACUGCUAGAAAACCAACUGUAGAAUAUGAAGACACUGAAGAAAUAAUUAAAGACAAGAAAGUCGAUGAAGAAACAAUUAAGGAUUUUAAAAUCGUUGCAGAAGAAACCACACAUCCUAAAAUAGAUAUAUCUGAGGACACAAUUGUUAUAGAAGCUGACGAUUAUCACAAAACCCUAACAAAAAUUGAUGAUAUAAUUCCCAAAGAAGCAAUAUCAGAUGAAGAAAAAAAAACUUUGACAAAAAUUGGUGAUGACAAAGAAGAAAGUAUUUUUUUAGAAGAAGGAAAAAGUUCUGAAGAAGGAACAAUAGCAACAGAAAUUAAAACUGAAGAUCAUGAAAUAAGCAAAGAAAAGAUUUCUCUCGAUGAAGAAGUAAAAAUUGCAGAAAUUAUAGAAGAUGAUCAAAAUCGAGACACACAAAGUAUUACUGACAUUCUUGUCAAGGAAACUCUGACUAAGGAGGAAGAAGCAACAGAACAAGCUUCAAGUGACGACUACAAAAUUGAAGAGAGGGAACAUAUUUCUUCAGACAGUGAGAAAGAAGCACAUCCUGAAAAAGGAGAAGAAACUGUUGAAGAAAAGAGCAAAACUGAAGACCAUUCGCUGAAAGAACAAGAAGAUACUAGUAAAGAUAAAGAAAAGGAAAAACAUCACGAUGAACAAAUAGAAAUUCCAAAAACUACUGAUCCUCAAAUUAAAGAAGAAAUUAUUGAAGAAAUUGCUAAAGAAGCAAUUGAAGACUACGAAAUAACUGAGAAAAUAAUUACAGAAAGUGACAAAAUUGAUCAUCAAGAUAGUAAAAAAGAAACCGACGAAAUACAGCCAAUUGACAAUUACGAAAUCACCGAAAAAGAAGUUCAAGAAGCACAAGAAAGUAUCGAGAAGGAACUUGUUCCAGAAACUUCACCAAUUGAACAGGAACUUACUAUAGGAAGUACGAAGGAUAUCUCACAAAUCCAGGAACGUCUCGAAGAUAAAGAAGCUUUCACAGAAAUACCUGACGUUCCCAAAGCCGAGAAAGUCGUCGAAGAAAAAGACGACUCUCUAAAAACAUCACCCACCAAAGAAGAAAAUAUCGAAAAACCAGAAGUCCCAACAGAAAUUCCUAUUUCCACCAGCGAAGAUAUAAAACAGGAUACACCAAAAGAACCACCUAAACCUGAUGACCACGUGAGCAAAAAGGAGAGUAUAUUCUCAGAAGUGUUUAAAGUUGUUCAUAACUUUGUCGACAAAUUCACCAAUAACAAAGAUACUUCUGCAGAAGAAACUCCAAUUACGAAACAAUCACAUCCAGACACUAAAAUCGAUGAUAAAGAAAUACCUUCCCUACCCUCUGAUGAUAAAGACAAGAAACAGGCAGAAGUCCCCAGUAUUAGUAUACCAUCGAUUUCCCAAGCAGGUGAUUCUACAAGCUCAGAAGACCAAAAGAAAGAAGACACGUCCAAAGACAUAGCUCUAAAUCAACCAAAUAUUAAAACAGCAAUUGUACCAAAAGAAGCGACAGAGGAGACCCUAGAAACUGAUACAUCUCAAGAACCAAAGGAAGCAGAACCUGGCAAAGUCGACCAGGACCUGGGCAAAGCUUCGAAAGACGAAAUAAGAGAAUUAGCAUCAGAAUCACCCAUCGAAACGUCAGCCAUAGUCGAAUCUUUGGAACCAGUUCACGAACAAGAUUCACCAAAGAAGGCAAGAGACGAGAAAGAGGCAGAGAUAAAGGAUAGUGAGGAUGUCUCUGGGGAAUUAUUCGAAGGGAGAGCCGAAGCGAGCAUGGAACCAGAGAAAGUUGCGGAUAAUGAGACGGUGGAUGGCGAACUAGCACGAACUAUCGAGAAGGAGGAGCAGUUGCACGAACCGUCAAGUAAAGCGAGCGCCAGUUUUCAGAGGACCGAAUUGCCUGGAAGUUGCCCGCAGACGUACGGGCCGACAGAGAAAGAAAAGUUUGCGUUUGAUUCCAUUAUAUCGGGAACUCCAACAAAUUCCGCGAAAAUAUCCGAAUUCGAGAAGCAGUCGGAGUCUGAGCGCGAGCAAACCGUGUUACCAGAAGUGGAGCAAUUGGUGGAAGAAGAAAGUUCCAGCGCGAUGGGGGACGAAAUUCGGACGAAGCCAACAUUUCCACUGGACCAGCCGAACGUGGAACCAGAAGCACCUACGAAGGUUCCUCGAGAAGAGUCAGGAAAGCAAGAUGCAACGGAGAAAAUGGAUAGGACUUGGCCUCUGGUGGAAGUCGUAGCCAGAGAAGAGAUGAGACAGGAGCCUGUUGGGGAAGGAUACGUAGACGUAAGCCUGCCACUUUUUACGAGCAUGAUAGAUACAGUGGAUGAUUCUGAAGAUAGUGAUUCAUCGAGUGAUAUUUCUAGGAAGACAACGUUAACCACCAGACCGUAUCAGACACCGCGACAUAGAGCUCGACAGUUGUCAGAGAAAGAGACUAGUCAAGCGAAAGAGACGACUGAGGUGUUGGAUAUCGAGGACGAGGAAAGAGGGACGUUAACGAUCGAACUGAUUGAGGAUGACAACGUGGAAUCUUCGAAGGAGGAUAAAAUACGAGAAAUAGAACAAGCUUCUUCGUCAGAGUUAGCCAAAACAGAGGAAAAACAGAAACCUGAGUCUAGCCAAGAGACUAUGAACAUAGGAAUAGUUCCAGUUCCUUCCAGUCACAAUAUAGAAAAUAGACAAGAACCCAAGAAAGUAGAACGUGAGCAAAGCUCAGAAGAGUUAUCCACAAUUGCAAAACAUACACAGGACACUAAAUUAGACCCCAAAAAGAAAGACCAAGCCAAGACAUCUGGAGCUCCAUCCAAUGCACCAUCAGUUUCCAAACUGGCAAAAACAGAGACUUUCAAAGUGGCGGAUAAAAGAACGAAGGAUUUAGAGAGGAAAAGAAUGUCCAUUCAGAGGAAGAAAAAGAGUUCCUCUGAGGAAUCAUCCGAGGAAAAGGCAGCUUACAUGGUGCACCGCACGCGCAAGAAGCCUCUAGAGGAGCAAGCCAAGCAGAAAGACAGCGAUCAGGCGAAGCAAUCGAGACACAAAGACGAAGAGUCGCGACGAAAGCAAUCGCUGUUUAAAUCGAGAGCAGAGAAAGACAAGAAGUCAUCCAGCAGUGGCGAGAAGUAUCCGACUCCCCCCAAGACAGGCGAGAUCGACACGAGCAAGACGCAACCGAAGUACAUGGCAUGGUACAAGAAGAAUCGAGAAGAAAUGGAGAGGAAGAGAGCAGAAUUGAUGGCGACUGACGACGAAGAGCAGCUACCAAAAUGGCUACGAAGGAGUAUGAGGAGUCAGAAGAGCGAGAAGGAGGAGAAGAAGCAGUCGAGUGAGAAGCCUGCCGAAUUGACUCCACGAACGAGACGCAAAGUGAAGCCUCUGGUGAAUGUAGAGUCCGAGCAAUUGAAGGCUAUAGUUCGUCAGGGCAGGAAAUUAAGAAAAGCGGAAGGAGGCAAGAACGAAGAUCCACCGAUUCAAAUAUUCGCGACUACACCGCCAUCUGUAUCUCAGACAGACUCCAAACAUCACUUGGUGCAACACUCCGAGUACAAGUACGAGAAGAUACCUGCCCCGUUCUAUCUCCAUCCGCCACCUGCUCCUCAUCCUUCGCCACAACUGUCUCCAGAGCAUUUCGACAUACCUUCAGCGAUAGAAAGAGAACACACCGAGGAGGAUUUCGAUCCUGGGAUACCGAUGUCGGUGCAGAGUGGCAACAGGUUGCGACACCAGCAAUUACUGGAGAAGAAGAGCGUGUUCGACAUCGCGUACAGCGAAGCAGCGCCAUCUCAGCUGCGAUCCGACAGUACUACGCCGCCAUCUUGA